AUAAUGGAUGAUUUUUUUUGUUUGCGUUGAGCUCCUCGACCAUUGGGCAUCCAUUGUCUUUGGAAAUCCAAACCCGCUCAUCAUAACGAUUGUUGACCAAUGUUGCAUAACUGAUCACUGAUCAAAUCAAUUUGUAAGCUAAACUAAACAAUGGCCACAAUCGGUUCGAAACGUUCUUGUCAUUCGGCCGAUCAAAACAAUGCCGGUGGUGGUGGUAAUGGUAAUCAAACACCGGCCAAAAAACGUUCGAAAAUGGAUAUUGAUUUUGAUGUGAAAUUUGUUGCAUCAUCACAAGAUGAUUUGGAUAUUGGGUUGCUUCGUGUGCAAAAUCGUCGUCUGACCGAAAGAAUUAAACAUCGACAACGUAUCGAAGCAGAGCUUCGUGCCCGAUUGGAACAGAUGGAGAAAAAACAACUAAAUGAUGAUACAAAACUUUAUGUGAUAAAUCGAUAUUGGAAUCAAUUGAAUGAAGAUAUGCGUCUGCUAUUGCAACGUUUCGAUACGAAUGCAUCGAAUGAUUCGAAUGCUAAUCCAUCAACCAAACCAAACGAUGAUAACAUUGAUGAUGAUGAUGAUUCCAAUGAGGAUGGUGAUGAAGAUGAUUCCAAUGAUGAUGAUACUGGUGGCAGGGGUGGUGGUCAUCGUCAUCGUAAUGAAAAUGCCGAAACAACUAGUUUCGUUCGACAAUUGGCUAAUCUGGACAAAGAAGAAUUGGAUGAACAAAUGCAACAAAGAGUGUUGCUGUCCACCCGUGCCGUAUCCAAAGUAUUACAAGCAUUCGAUCGUAUUGUUCAACGUAAUGAAAAGGUUAUGGCAGCAUUGAAUCGAAGUUCAUUGCUUGCCGAUGACGAUGCUCAUGACGAACCGGAUACAAUCAAAUCACCCGAUCGUGAUGACGAUGAUGAUAUUGACGACGAUGAUGAUUGCAAAUUGAGUAAAACUAAAGCAAAUCGACAUAAACAUGGGGCCAAAAUGAACCUUGAUGAACAAGUACGACAAUUGAAUGAAGAAUUAACAUUGGAGAAUAAAAAUCUUAACCUAAUGGUAACAUCGUUGCAUGAAAAAAAUCGCACGAUUAGUUUAAAGUAUCAACAAGCAAAAGAUCGUUUGGAUUCAAAAGAUAUGCAGUUGGAUGAAUUGAAAAAUCGUAUCGAUGAAUUGGAAUUCGAAUUGAAUAAAUCACGAACUCGAGAACAACGGUUGGAAGAUCAUUUGUAUGAAGCACGAGAAAAACUUCGUGAUAUGCAGAAUAGUCAAUCAACGGCACCCGGUAGUUCAGGAUCAACAGCCGCCAUAGUUAGCAAUGAUUCAAAUAAACAGGACACCGCUGCCAUUCAUUGUUCAACAAUGUCAUCGACCAAAAUCGAAGAUCUGAAACGUGAAUUAGAAGAACAACGUGAAAUAGCACAAUCACGGCUGGUUGAACUCGAACAAUUGAAUAAUGAACAUAAGGAUACAUUGAAAUUGGUAGAAAAAUAUAAAAUCGAUUUGCAAUGUUUACCGGAUUCGGUGAUAAAAGAUUCAGCCGAAUUUAAAUCGCUACAAUCGCAUUUUUCCGUUCUAUUCAACGAAUCGAUGACAUUGAAAACACAAUUGGAAGAAUGUCGCCAGCAAUUAUCGGCAGCAAAAAAUGUCCAUAUGCGUCAAAUCGAACAAAUGGAAGCUGAAGAACUCACCAUGCAAAAACGUCUACGCAAUGAAUGUAUGCAAUUGGAUGAUUCGCUGAAUCAAUUACGUAAAGAAUAUGAAAUGUUGCGCUUAGAAUUUGAACAAACAUUGGCUGCUAAUGAACAAACCGGGCCAAUUAAUAGAGAAAUGCGUCAUCUCAUCACAUCAUUACAGAAUCAUACACAGCAGUUGAAAGGGGAAAAUGCUCGAAUCAAAAAACGAUUAAAAGAAUCGAAUGUCGAAAUUGGUCGACUUCGGCAGAUUAUCGAACAGAAUAAUUUAAAAGUAUGUUGUGGCGGUAUACUGCUUCCAUCAUCGACAACAUCGUCAUCAUCUGCCACUACUGCAACACCGAAUCGAUCUGCCGAUAAUGCCGGUUCCGCUUCGUGGUCGACUACGUGUACAGUGGAUUGUUGCCAAUCAACGACCACAACUGGCCAACAGCAGCAGCCAAAAACUGAACUUGAUUCUUCUUCAUCAUCAUCAACUGAUAUCAAAUCAGAACCAUUAUCAUCUACUAUGGCAAUGGCAGCCGAAUCUUCUUCAUCAGAAGAUCUAAGCAAACGUUGUAUUAUUAAAUCUGAAUCAUCCACCAACGCCAAUCAUACACCACCAUCGUCGUCGACAAUUUCAUCAACAUCGGUAGUGAAAAAAGAAUCUCCCGAAUUGGAUUGUUUGGAAUUUGCGUCGACCAAUACGGAUAAUGAAUCGGAUCAUCAUGUUCAACAACAGCAGCCACAUUCUUCGUCGUCAUCAUCAGGUAGCAGUCAUCAAGUGGUGGCAACCACUCAUUCCCAACAGCAAAGAAAUCUACCACCACCGCCAUCAUCGUCUUCAUCGUUGACAAAUCGAAAAUCUGAAGCCGAUACAAUUCGUGAUAUGAGAGCACAGUUGAAAAAAUCAUGGGAAGCACAACGAGAAUUGAAAAUUUUACUCGAUAUGUUUAAAUCGGUGGAUAAAGAAAAAAGGGAAAAAGCACAGCUUAUGGCUUCGGAAAAGAAACUACGUAUCGAAUUGGAAGAACUGCGUCAACAGAAUAAAAAACUAAUUCAGGAAGAUUCAGGUUCCUCAUCCUUGUCAUCUUCAUCGAAACGCAGUGAAAAAGAACGCAGAUUUUCUGGCAGUGGUGGUGGUUUGCAAUCAAAAUCUGCCAUCGUCACCACUGAUGAAGAACAUAAAAAGAUGGCCAAAUAUGAAGAUAUCAUUCGUGAAUUGCAGAAAAAUGUUGCCGCACAUAAACAACAGGAACAGGCAUUACUGAACGAAAUGGAAGUUACUGGCCAAGCAUUCGAAGAUAUGCAAGAACAAAAUUGUCGUCUCAUACAGCAACUUCGGGAAAAAGAUGAUGCCAAUUUCAAACUUAUGUCCGAUCGUAUUAAAUCUAAUCAGAUACAUAAAAUGCUUAAAGAGGAAAAAGAACAUCUCACCGAACAGAUUUUUACAUUACAGCAACAAAUCGAAGCGCAAAAUCAAGUUGUACGAAAACUUGAAGAACGUGAAAGAAUCCUACAGAAUAGCUUGUCCACUGCUGAAAAGGAACUGACCGUACGUCAACAGGCGAUGGAUUUUCUGAAACGAAAAGCUUUAGAAAGCUCACAAUCAGCUGCUGAUCUUAAACUUCAUCUGGAUAAAUAUGUUGCACAGAUCAAAGAUGCACAAUCGAUUGUUGCCGAUAAAACUUCAGCAUGGCAACAGGAAACAUAUAGAACUAAACGUUUACAUGAAGAGGUCAUCAUGUAUAAACGUAAAUAUGAAAGGGCUAAAAAAUUUGAAUUAGCAGCCACCGCUGAUGAAGUACUUCAGGAGGAAAUUCGAGAAUUACGUGAAGAACUAACCUGUCCAUCGUGUAAAACAAAACGCAAGGAUGCUGUAUUGAAUAAAUGUUUUCACGUAUUCUGUUAUGAUUGCCUCAAAACUCGAUACGAGACACGGCAGCGUAAAUGUCCCAAAUGUAAUCAAUCAUUUUCGGCCAAUGAUUUCCAUCGUUUAUAUUUGGCCUGAUUAAUCUGAUAAUACUCGAUAUCAUCAUCAAUGCAUGUUUAGUUUAUUUAUUUGUAAACAAUUCAAACUAUACAGUUUUU